CUAAACAUUUUAAUAACAAUUAGUCAUGGAAAACAAGUUUUUAUUACCAAAACAAAGGAGUAUUGUUUGGUAUGAAGUGUAAACAAUGUUUUUGUUUACAUUGCAAAGAGUCAGAUUCGUCAAAACAUAAAAAACUUGUUUUAUUUUAGUCUUGUUUUAGUACUCGUAGCGACAUCUUAACAAAAACAAUUCAACUAAGUGACAACCGCUAUCAAAACAUUGCUUAAAGGUUAAAUCCAAUAGAAAAACAUUACCAAUAACUCGAUUAUUUUAAUAUUGCCGGAAGAGUAAUUUUAAAAAGUGUUUUCCAAAUGGAAGCUGCAAAGCGUUCGCGGAUAGACGCCAAGUGUUACAAUGAGCAACGAAACUAUCGCAAGCGUUCUAAAGUUGCAGGCGCGGGUCUCUCAGGGAAAGAUUCACCUGUUAAAGCUUUGAUAUUAGACAAUGGAGGAUACUCUAUCAAAGUUGGAUAUAGCACAGACAAGAAACCACUAAAUUUACCAAACUGUAUUAUGAAAGCAAAAUCAGAAAGGAAGAGAGUGUUUGUAUCAGACCAAAUUGAAGACUGCAGAGACCUCUCAGGCUUGUAUUACAUGUAUCCUCAUGAAAAAGGAUACAUUACAAAGUUUGAUAUCCAGAAAAAUGUUUGGGAUUACACCUUCAACAAGUAUCCUAUUUAUGAUAACACUGUGAUGCUCACACAGCCAAUUUAUAACUUUAAAACUAUUCAGGAAUACACUGAUGAAAUUUUCUUUGAGGAAUAUGAUAUCAAAUCAAUAUUCAAGGCAAAUGCAACAGAUUUAUGUUAUUACAAAUAUAACAAACAAUUUAAAGCUGUUGAUAACUCUUCUUGUCUUGUGGUUGAUUCUGGCUUCAGUUUUACUCAUAUUGUUCCUUAUAUUAAUGGAAAAAAAUAUGCAGAUGGUAUAAUCCGGAUAAAUCUCGGUGGAAAACUGCUCACAAACUAUUUGAAAGAUGUUCUUUCCUAUAGACAACUUCAUGUGAUGGAUGAAACUUAUGUUAUUAAUCAAGUCAAGGAAGAUUUGUGUUUCAUGGCGAAUAAUUUCAAGGCUGACAUGCACAGAGCAAAGACCACACACGAAAUUGUUAAGAAUUAUGUCCUGCCUGAUUUUCACAACAUUCGACGCGGAUAUAUCCAAGAGAAUCCAACAGAUGAACUAGCAGAAAACUGUCAAAUCUUAAGACUUAAUAAUGAACGUAUUACAAUACCAGAAGUAAUGUUAAGACCGUCGAUUAUCCCUGGAUAUGACUUUGCUGGGAUGGCGGAAUGCAUUGGACACUCAAUAAAAAGAUGUCCUAAAGAGUAUCAAGCAGAAAUAGCGCAGAAUGUUAUCCUUGUUGGUGGAAACACUUUAUUUCCUGGAUUUAGGGAUCGGCUUGAAAUUGACGCGAGAAUAUUUUUACCAUGUGACUAUGAUCUUAAGAUAUAUCAACCGGACGAUCCGUUAAAUUAUGCAUGGCUUGGUGGGAGAUUAAUGUCCAAGGAUCCUGCGUUUAGAAAGCGUUGUGUAAGCAAACAAAAGUACGAAGAAGAAGGCUCGAAUUAUCUUUAUGAUAAGUUUAAUGCGUAUAGUCGGGUGGAGAAAGAUCCACCAAAGGAUAAUUCUGACAAUAAAGAAGAGUUUAGUUAUCUCAACUAUUGGAAAAACGAAGGAGUGGAUAUUUUCCAGAAGGAACCACUAGCUCCAGUGAAAGAUCCAGAGAUACAGUUUAAACUUGAAGGAGAAAAUAUAGAAGAAUACGAUGGCAAGUUUGUUUCACUUGAUUUCGAAAUAGAAAACCCUGCAGAAGAGAAAACUGAAGAAAUUAUAACUUCAACAACAGCAGCUGAAGAUGCUGCUAGGUUGUUAAGGAGAAAACGAUCGAUAAUCGCCAAUUCACAGAGUCUUCUACGACCUACUACAGUUUUACCAACAACCAGUAAACUAAUUCCAAUUGCCACGUCGAUUGGAUCACUUACUCCGACAUUAACAACGUUAACAACGACAGCAACAAGUCGAACGAUUACAACUCUAUCAUCCAACAAGCAACUAAUUCUUGGGAGUUUAACGAAAAGUGGACAACUUGUAUCGAUAAACUCCAAUAUGCUUAAAACAGCUCGUGUGAACGCACCCAAUAUCCUCAACAAUAAUAUUGUUUUACCAAGAUUGACAAGGAUUCAACCGCGUGUUAUUCGUCCAGUUUUUAAAACUGUGCAAUCCGGUACAAUUGUAACUUCACAGCAGGGCAAAAUUACACAGUACAUUUCUUUGGGUAAUUCAGUGAAUCUAAGCAGUUUAGCCGUGCAGUCGACUGCUAGCAGCUCGAAAACUGUCUUAGCGCCCAGCAUUUUGAAUAAUGCAGUGAUCGUUCCGCAAAACAUGCUCGCAAGCAAAAAUUUAACUUUUCAGAUUAUUCCGAUCAAGCCCGGCCAGGGAAAUAUUAUAUUAACGCAGGCCAAGACCUCGCAAGAGCAAAAGUAAUUGUAAGCGUUUGUUAGACAUGGAAAUAAAAUAUUUAUUUUUUACUUCUGA